CUGAACUUGGGAAGCUACGAUGUACAGUUGAUGCUCUCAGUAAGCAGAGUACAGAAGCAGGAUUUACGAAGAUGGCGUUGCAGUCAAUGCAAGCUGUUGAAAAAAGUAUCAAUGGAACAAACUUAGUCCGUCGUCACACUUUCAAUGACACUAAAGAACAUGCACUCCAUGAACAUAAGAUUUCCAGACAGAUGUCCACAGAUUCUAUGUCCAGUGUCAACUCAGUAUCUAGUAGAAAUUCUGGAUUUGGGGAUCAGUGUGAUGGAAAAUACAAGAAGAAGAAAAAAGGAUGGUUACGAAGUUCUUUCAGCAAAGCUUUCUCUCGGAGUAAAAAAAAUAAAAAUGGCUCUGUUUCUGAUGGGGAAGACUUGAAACAGUUUCUGUCUGAUUCCUCUAUUCCCUAUUCCCCAUCACUCAGAUCUCAGCACAAACAUAGUGAAAUAAGAAGUCAACAAACAAUUAAGUCAUCACAUUCAUCAUCUGUUUUAUAUGAGAAAGAAUAUGACAGAUCAACAGAGCUGAUUAACACUUUGAAAAAACAAUUGAGAGAGAAGGAAAUGGUGAUUACAGAUAUUCGUCUGGAGACUCUAACAUCUGCUCAGCAGCUGGAAGCAUUAAAAGAAACUGUAAAAAAUAAUGCAGAAUGAAAUGGUGAUAUUGAAGCAAGAGAACAGUCGGCUACAUAAGCUAGUAUCUACUAAGUGUUAUGCAUCUUCUCAGAGUUCCUUACCUCAAGAAAAUAGUGUUGAAAACUUGAAGAAGAGAUUAAGUGCCUCAUCACAUUCAGAAUCACCUAGUG